AUGGGGAAAGUGUCUCCUAAAGAUGGGCAAUCCAAGACUCCGAAACAGAAAAAGCGAUCGAAGUGUAUAAAGAGCAAGUAUCUGAGACCAGGUGCUCUUGCACAACUUCGGAACACGAAGAUUUCUGCUGCUAAAUCGAUUACUGAUCUUUGGAAGAAAAGAGUGGUUGUAAGAAAUGCAGAUGAUGUUAAGGAGGAAGUUGUGCUUCCAAAUGAUGUUAAGGUUGAGAGUCCCAUAUUUCUAUCUCCCGUGAGAUCUCGUUUGGGUGCCGUAACUUCACCCUUGGAUUUAGCCAAGCAGAAUAAUUUGCAAAUGACACCAAAGACACCCGGAGAUGUAGAAGGCACGUCGGAGUCUAGGCUUGAGUCACUUCCAUUGGAUUUGUUG